AUGCAUGGUGGUGAUGGUCGAACAAAGAGUGAUCACACUCCUUCGGUGAAUCAUCCAGAUGAUUCGGUGAUUUUAAUAGAGAGUGAUAAGGAGGAGGACGCUUCUAUUCGCGAGGCAAAUCUGCCUGUGAGGUUAUAUCCAGACAGAAGAGUAGGGAGACGACGUGAUGCUUUAAAUAGGUUUGUCAGAUCAGACUCAGUGGGCAUAAAUCCUCAAAGAAUCCAUACAACAGCAAGGCCUAACCGCUCUGAUCCUCAGAAUGAUAAUGAUGAUGUAACUAUAGUACGAGAAGUUGGAAGGUUUUUUGGAGAUGAUGGGCCUAUCGAUCCUUCAGCGCACUUCGUGGAUCUUGAUCAUGAGCCGGAUUCUGAAACAUUAGAAACUCCAACGACGCUACAAGUAGAUAACAUAAAUGGAUACCUGAAUGAUAAUUUCAAUGAUAAUGAUAAUAACGAUGAUGGGUUGACAAUAGUUGAAGAAAGAACAACACGACCUAGAGUGACCCUGAACCUACCAGGCGGGGAAAGGCUUGAAGUAAAUGCAACGACAACGGACAUGCCAAUACGAAGAUCAUUUGAGUUUCAAGAUGAUUUGGCCGUAUCACGCAGGCAGUUAUUAAGAAGAAGUGCCGCAAGGGCUCGUACUUUGUUUGUGGACCGAUCUGACGAAAACGAUGAAGAGUGGACGGAAGAUACUGACAACGUACCUGAAGCUAUUCAAAGAGCUCGUAGAGAGAGCCAUAUGCGAAUGAGCCGAAGAAUUGCGGAAAGGCAGCUUAGAGCACAACAGCAUAGGAUGGCAAGUAACGAAAACAUGAAUACAUCUAUUAGGUUUCAAUCAAUUAGGGAACGUAUUCAAGCAUAUGCUCCAGAUAUUCGCAGUGCUUUCUAUCAUGCAGAGUCAUUACAUGAAUUUAGGUCCAUUUUACAAAACGUUGCUCCCGUUACUUUGCAAGAAUGUGAGGGAGAACUAAUGGCGCUAUUUACUGAGUUCAGAAACCAGCUGCUGCAGGAUUGGGCAAUUGAUAGGGUUAGAAACACUCAGGAAGAGGCCUUAAGACUUCAUCGAGAAGCUUUGGAAAGACAAGAGAGAGCAACUGGAAGAGUUUUUCAUCGCGGACCAUUCCGUGAAUCAAUUACAAACUAUCUCAACUUCAGUGGAGAGAAUGGCUUCUUGACCCGUUUGUGGGGUAGUCCUGUAUUAAAUGAUGCCGAUGAGGAGCGCCACACUCAAAAUAUCAUCGAUAUGAUUCAAGAAAGAGAGGAACGAGAAAGGGAUGUGGUAAUGAAAAAUUUAAUGAGUAAGACCAAGGCUCAACAAGAGGAGUUCGAAGAUAGAGCAGCCAGGUUGCCUGAAGGUUACAGCGCGUCCUUUGAUACUACACCAAAAAUGAAAUUAGACAUCAUGAAAAAUGAUAAGGAAGAGACUAUCACUGUAACAGACGAUGAUUUAGCCAGAACGCUUGAGGUUAUUCCUGUCUGUUGUUUAUGUGGUGUAGAAUUGGGUGUGGGAAUACCGGAUGAUUUCAUUGGGAUGAAUCAAAAAGACCGCGGCAUUUCUUUCGAAGGGCUAGUAUCGAAAUACAAAUUUCACUGCCCAUACCAAACCUUAGCGAGACCUUCAAUGCUGGAUAGAGAUUUGUCGAGGCGAACGUUUAUUGCUGCGUGUGGCCAUGCAUAUUGCGGCAGGUGUUUCGCCAGGAUUGACAAUGCAAAGAAAAAAUCCAAAACGCCUAAAAAAAAACUGGCUAGUCUAAGAGGUUCGGCUCAUCCUGAUAACUAUGGCCCUAAAUUCUGUCCCGCAGAAUCCUGUAAGAAGCCGAUUCGCUCGAGAGGGAGAUUAAAGGAGGUUUACUUUUAG